GGAGGCGGAUACAUCACAUUGAUACAUUCACUCAGGGGCAAGGCAAGGCAAGGCAGCCGGCACCGUACCAUCAGUUGCCCUGACUAGACGAGAGAGACUUCUCUCUCACUACUUUCGCUGACUGGAAUUGCGUGUAAACUUCGCGGCCGCUCCUCUUGCCCCUCCCGGGGUGUUUUAUCGACCCCCUUCCUCUCCCUUCAGCACCAUCUCUCACCCCCCGGGCAAAGAUGUACGACCGAGCCCCGCGGGACACCAUCUUCGCCUCGGCGCUCGGCAGCACCGGGCCGACAGUCGGGCCCGCCUCGUACAACGCCGGCCGCAGCAGGGCGCAGUGUGGCGGCACGGAUGGAGAUGGAUAUGCUCCCUUUCUGUCUUUGACAAACCGCGAAUCUGUGUUGGUUACUCCGGGAACUCUCCUGGCACCAGGUCCACAGCACUAUGACGUUAACCCCAUGCAGGAACACAUCAGAGGAGGGCAGAGCAUGAAGAACAGGGAGAUCCGGUUCAAACAGGCUGGAUCAGACCUACCAGGACCUGGUUACUAUGACGCCUAUCCAAUGAAACUUGUUGACGUAGCGAACAAAGCACCUAAGCCACAGUGCACACCGACGUUUGUGAGUCCUUCGGCAAGUGCCCCAUCGAUUCCCGCAUCCAGCCAGUCCCAUGGCUACGAGGAAUCUAUCAAUGGCGCAUUGUGCAGGCACCUACCUCCUUCCAGAGACACAUCGCUCGGGCCAGCCUACUACAACCCACAAUUUAUUGAGUCCUAUCCAACUCGGCAAUACAAAGGUGUGCAUUUCGGAAACAGGACAUCAAAGCGUAUUGAUUUUAAAAUCCCCUUGGGACCUGGACCUGCAACAUAUGAUGUCCAGAAGGAGAGUACCCUUAAUUACGAAAACCUUAAUAUGAAGAAUAUUGAUCAAAAACGAGAGUCUUAUGUGCCCCGAUAUAUUGAUGCGGUUGUACAAGACGUGGAAAAGAAGGGUUACCCUGGACCUGCAAAAUAUGUGAUUAAACGGCAGUUUAGCGAACCCACAGCUCUACUGAAUAAGUUCAUGCCUACGCACCCACCAUUCCUGUCUCAGACCAAGAGGUUCCUGCCCGAUAAGUCCAUCACCCCGGCUCCUGGAUGGUACGAUGAUCCACGCACGGCUUUGCAAACUCUGAAGAGGAUUUCGACAAGGAGCAACGUCCCAUUUGGUCAGAAUGCAGUAAGGUUCACAGAGGACCUUCGGACAAUAUGUGACCCAGGUCCAGGAACAUACAACGUCACAAACCACACUGUUGCCCGAGAAAGCCAGAUGAAAGCCUUAUAUGAGAGUUCAACAAGAGGAGGGUUUGGAUCCACCGUUCCUCGCAUGCAAGCUGUCGAAACAAAGCAAACGAUGCCAGGUCCAGCUGAUUAUAAGAUUAAGCAGACAAAGAAUAAAUAUAAGAAACACAAAAGUGCAUCGUUUGCUUCAUUAACCGAGAGAAUGCCUGCUCCGGCAACACAGCAGCUGUAA